AUACGCAGCUGCUGUCAAAGGAAUCAUUAUCGAAGCACUGGGCCUAAUUCUGUGUAUUACAAGGACCUCGGCAGUUUCGGGUUUUCCAUUAUUGUUGGCCAUCGACGGAUACCAUGAGAAUCUGCCGUUGGAAGUACAAUCGAAUAUGGAGGCAACGUCCCAAAAUAGUGCUCAUAAUCUUAAUUUCAAUUAUAUGUUUUUGGAUGAUAUUAAAAGAGAUUGUUGAACGAGAACCUCCAAAAGAAAGAAUUCUUGACAAGAGUCAGAUGUUAUUUAAGUUUAAUGAAUCAAGGGAGAGAAAUGUAAAUAUAUCUAAAAGAAGUGCAAAAAUAUCCGAAAGAAGUGCAAAAAUACCCGAAAGAAGUACAAAAAUAUCUGAAACAAAUGCAAAAAUAUCUAAAACAAAAGCAAAAAUACAUAAAACUAAUGAAAAAAUAUCUGUCAAGGAUAUGAACAAAGUUAUCGACAGUGCAGUUUUGAACAGUGUCCUUAAAAACCAGUCUUUCAGCCGUAGCCAGCUCUGUAAUCAUCCAUACUUAGAUCCUUAUGAUCCCGCCGUUAUGAAGUUCUUUCGUGAUGUCGGUACUUUGAAGUGUGACGAAACCAAGAACUGGAUAAAAGUUGACAAUGGAACAUUCUGGAUAACCAAAAAGGCCAAAGCUAGGCAUGGUAAAAUUUCUUGUCAAUACUUUCCUAUCUACCGCAAGGACGAGAAUAAUUUUAUGGUGGGUAGCAGACAAACUUUUAGUGAAGGUAUUGUAAAUGCACCUGCUGAUAUUGUCAAAAUAACUUGUCAGUCGGAGGUCUCUGGAUACAAUUACUCCAAUAUACAUAUAACAGUUUCUUAUAACAAAACAGUUCACGCCAGAGUUAACAAAGCCUCGUACGACAAACUUUAUAUGCCUCUUAAUGUGUUAAUGUAUGGAUUUGAUUCCGUGUCUAGAAAUACAUGGUUAAGAGUAUUGCCAAAAACUCACAAGUAUUUCACGGAAGAGUUGGGAGGUAUUGUUCUCAAGGGAUACAAUAUCGUGGGUGACGGAACACCUCAGGCUCUGCUGCCGAUUUUGACGGGGCAAACAGAAGUCGAACUUCCGGAAGCCCGCCGUGGAAAACCCGGAGCAAAAGUAGUCGAUGACCAUCCUUGGAUUUGGAAGGAGUUUAAAAAGGCUGGUUAUAUGACACAAUACGGAGAAGAUAUGCACUGGAUUGGCACAUUUCACUACAGAAUGCUUGGGUUUGAGAAACAGCCUGUGGAUCAUUACUGGCGACCCUAUUCUCAGUCAACAAAACCAAUAGAAAAGUACAGUAAACCUUAUUGUCUGGGAUCUGAGGCAAGGCACAAAGUUAUGAUGGACUGGGUCAAACAUGGAUUUCAAAUGUAUCGAAAUCGAUUGAAGUUUAUUUUUGCUUUUCAUAGCGAGUACAGUCAUGAAGAUACAAGCAGACUAAAGUGGGCUGACGAUGAUUUUUUGGAAAUGCUUAAAUAUUUGAAGAACAACUUUCUUAACAACACAGUUUUAAUUCUGAUGAGUGAUCAUGGUGCUCGAUUUCACAAAAUCAGGGAGAGUAUUCAAGGAAAAUAUGAGGAGAGAAUGCCAUAUUUUUCCUUCCGGUUUCCAAAAUGGUUUCCAGAGAAGUACCCUUUAGAGUUUAAAGCUUUUAAGGAAAAUUCAGGUAGAUUAACUACGCCAUUUGAUAUACAUGAAACAUUCCUUGAUAUGAUGAAAUUUGAGAAGAAAGAAACUAAAACAGAGAAAUUACCAAGAGGAAUGAGUCUUUUCAGACCAAUACCAAAACAUCGUACUUGUAGCGAUGCUGAUAUAUCCCCUCAUUGGUGCGCAUGCUUAGGAUGGAACGUCACUUCCUCAGAUGAUCUCAUUACACAGAAAGCAGCUAAUUCAAUAGUCAAAUUUAUGAACAACUUGACUGCAACUGUUAGAGCCAAAUGCCAAGAAUUGUCAUUGAAAUCUAUCAAAAAUUCUUUGGUUUUACAAUCAAACCCAUACAUAGCACGUUAUUUGGGUAGUGCUGACACAGAUGGGAGAGUACCAAAGGAGUCGAAUGAUGCUAUAGAUGGAAGUGCUUUGUAUCAAAUUACUUUACAAACAACACCCGGUGAUGGCAUUUUUGAAACUACCGUGAAGUACAAUGCAAAAGGUGACAAAUUCAUUGUAAGUGGUCAAGAAAUUAGUCGAAUUAACAAAUAUGGGAAUACUUCAAAUUGUAUACAUAAGGACAUGCCUCACUUAGAUCGUUACUGUUCUUGUAAAAUAGUGUGACAAAAUGGCGUAAAUCAUGUGUACGUAUAGCGUUUAUUGUUCUGCCACAUCUUCAUCCAUCUUUGCAUCAAUCUUUCGUUUGCUGUAAAUCUCGAUAUACAUCUACAUGAAUUUGGUCACAAAUUCCGAAGGAAACAUUGAUGCUCCUCAGCUAGUAUAUCGAUCAUUAAUGCUUCUCAUAUAUUUCAAAACUUAAAACUGAGAGUGAGACCAGGCGAAGAUUGACUAUUUUGCCCAAGUCAAACGUGGAUCGAUCCCCCAUGUAAAAAAAAAAAAAUCAUUGACAAGUAGAUCCUCAAUUGCCAAAAAUAAAAGUUGUACAAGAAAGAUUUGAACUUGUUUAUAUAGCGUACUGACGGGAGUACUCGCUUCCUUAUCCUUACAGCAAGAGCUGAAGAACAGGAAUAACAGCAGAGAAGCAGUGCGACAAAGCAUUGGAGUGACCAUGCAAGAACAACAUUGCAUGGAAGAAAGGAUGAAAAUUUAUAAGUGGAGUGAUGUAGGAGAACAUAAUCGCGGAAUACUAGAGGUGAUAACACGAGGGUCGGAACACAAGGGAGUCAAAACGCAGGAAAAUUGCUGAAGCCUGCAUUGUAUCUCAUUGAUCGCAAAUUGUCAGCUUUGCCUUUUACCUCAGUUGCAUUGUCAUCAAGCUUAUUAGUGCUGUUUUCCUCAAAUUAGAAAUGCGCGAUCCCUGCUUGAAAAAUGUAACGCGUUACACCCUUAAAAUACCUUUUAUUUGCGCUGUAAAAUUUUAUAUUUUGCAUAAAAUUCAUUUAAAUGUUAUUUUCUGACUGGAGUCGGGUAGUUCAAUUCAAACCCUAUCCAUUCAUACCAAAAUCACCCAUAUUGCGAAUAAUUUUUUUAAAAUCACCGAUGAGUUUAAUAGGUCAGGUAUUAGAAUUAUAAAAUGGCAUCAACAUCGCGCGUAACGUCAGAAGACUUUCAUAUUUAAUCUAUUUUCUAUUUUUCUAUAGAUUUCAUGGUAAUACAAUAAAUUGUUUUUAACAUAUAUUUUAACCUCUGUAUAUGUUUCUAAAUUAUCAUCAAACCAUAAUUUCAUUUUAACUUUAUCUAUACUUAUAAAUUAAUAAAUUUUGCAAAUAAACUCCGAAACGGGUGCACCAGAGUUCUAACUUACUCCUCUAAGAAUACACAUGAUACAAGAUGA